CAACUAGCGGUGAUUUAUUUAAUAGCGCUUAGUAGAAAAUAUUGAUUAAUUGAUCAUGUUUGAUAAGGCCUGACGUAAAGAUUGUUUUGAGGAGAGACGAAAUGUUUUGUAAUCAAAUGGAUUGUUCGAUCAUUAACAUAUUUGCUGUAGGAUAGAAAAAUAAAAAUAAACUGAGCAUUUUUUUGCGGGACAAAUGGUGUUCUUUUUUGGAAUCCUCAUCGCGUAAAACAAUGACGCAUUUGCUUUCAAAAAACAACAUAUUUUGUCGCAUGUUUAUUUUCAUUUUUGAAAUUUCUCAAAGCAACCUUGGCUACAAGUGAAAGAAGGCCUUUUCCAACCAAAGAAAAAACAGAUUUAAGCAAAAAAUAUAGCCCUACUCAAGAUGGAGUUAGUGUCAGGUUACCGGGACCGGAUGAUUGAGAUCUCGGAGGCUAUGGCACAGUGGUAUCGCUGCUUCCAGACCACCCGUAGGGGGCGCAAAGAACCACAUAGUGAUUUCUGGGGGUACGAUUUUCCCCGAUACCACAUGGACCGCUCACCGUACUGGAUACUGCACCUGCUGGAUUGCGCUGCACCUCCCCCUGCAGCUAUUCCACGGCUAGAACAGGCUGGAGUAGACCCCUCCGAGCUUCUAAGUAGUGAUGGAGAGAGUGUUCUGAUGGUGACUGAUGCCUCUGGCCUGCCCCUGGGCUUUGACGUGCUGGCCGGUGGCUGGGCGGGGUCGCUGGGCGGGGGCGAGGCGGCGGGUGGAGAUGGGAAGGGGGCCCUGGAGACCAUCCAGAAGAUGGUAGGACUGCUGAGACGCUGCAUGGAGGCCCCCAUGACUGGCGGGUUGCCUCGGAGACCACACAUGCUCCACGUCAAUGACAAGAAGCUUCACAGGUUGCUGAGCAGGUGUGAGAAGGCCCUCACCAUUCUGAAGGUGGUUCUGUGGCCCCAGGCCCUGGGUGACUGGGGCCUCACGGAGGUGGAGCAGGUGGACGGACGAGAGUCCUUCAGCAUGCGCUGGCCUCCGACCUGCUACUGUCACAUGUGUAAGAAACACUCCUUCCCCAGUCAGCUGAAACCAUGGUAAGGCGAGGAGAGAGAGAGACACACAGAGAGAGCCAGAGACAGAGAGGAGAGAGAGACAGAGACAGAGAGCCAGAGACAGAGAGGAGAGAGAGACACACACAGAGAGAGCCAGAGACAGAGAGGAGAGAGAGAGAGACAGAGAGAGAGAGGAGAGAGAGAGCCAGAGACGGAGAGAGAGAGAGACAGAGACAGAGAGGAGAGAGAGAGACGGAGAGAGAGAGACGGAGAGAGAAGAGAGAGAGAGAGAGAGAGAGAGAGAGAGAGAGAGACACACACAGAGAGAUCCAGAGACAGAGGAGAGAGAGAGACAGAGAGAGAGAGAGAGAGAGAGACAGAGAGAGAGAGAGAUACACACAGAGACAGAGACAGAGAGACAGAGACAGAGACAGAAGAGAGAGAGUGUUGGGGGGCUGAUAGACCUGAGAGUACUGAGAGAAUAAGAGCAAAGAUGAAGAGAGAGGUGAUUUGUAGGCAACACACAUGGCAACAGGACCUGCUGGAGGCCAGCUAAACAGAGUAGUGAUCUCAACAGAUUUGGCAUUUGUAAAACUAAAAGUCUCCAAUAAUGAUGUUAUGUUCACAAAAGGAUUACACAGGUAUUGUCUUUUACAGCAUAUCUCUGGUAGUAGGCUAUGUUCCAGAGCAGUAUUGGGCUAGGUUACCACCAACCGAGACUCUCAGAGAGGUGCCGUGCCUAAGAGGCUUUACAUUACAUUAGUGCUCAGCUCAGCAUUACUGAGGCCCGUUGAAACAGAUGGCCUCAGGUCUUUUGCAAGUCAGCAGGAACCUAUAGUUGGGUUAUUAGGUUUCUUUACCACUGUAAAUCCCAUUUUUUUCUUCCCUUGGUUCUGUGUGGAUAGAAUAGCUUUGUUGGCAGACUGUUUUGUUGCUUUCGCCAGCUUCUUUGUGGUAGUCAUGACAAAGGAUUUGGCUUAAGCAGGAAAAGAGAUAGAUUGGCAACUAGGCAUUUGUGGUCAUUCGUUACUUUGCAGAGUCCGUUUUUUUUAAAAAUGUUGCUUGUUGAUAUACAGGAAGUAGCUAUUGUUUGUCUGAGAAUGUAAGACUAUUUUUUGAGGAAGUGUUUACUAACAAGUGUCUCUUUCACAUUGUCAAACACG